AUGGCAGAAUCGAAAGUUCUUGAUACUUGUGCAGACUUUUUAGCAGAAAUUCUUAAUAAAAAAUCAGCCUCUGCCAAUUCUACUUAUAUUCCUCAGUUCAUUGAAAAAUUUUCCCAGAUUCUCAACUUAACUGAAAUGAAUUUAAAAGUCACUGUAAAACCAUAUGGGAAAAACUGUUUGCAUUGUGGAAAAUACAUACCUAGCUAUCAUCUUUCUUCAGCUAUAGGUCUUUGGUGUAAACCAAAUGACCACUUUUUCUGCUCAGCGCAUUGUUUACAAAGGCAUUCAUUAAUAUCAACAAAUGGAACUCUCCUUGAUCUUGACUAUGUAAGAUGCCCUAUUUGCCGAUCUUCAAUAUCCCCAGAACAAAUUAAUGAAGCAUUCGACGGAAAACUUGAAAGCUACCAAAGGGAUGCAUGUGACCGCGCUUUGCUUAUGCUUCUAGAUGAAGAAGGCAAAGAAAAAUUAAAAGCAAAAUUUACAUGUCUCAUUUGCUACACUGAAUUUAAAGUAGAUGAAGGAAUCACCUUAGAAUGCGAUCAUAGGUUCUGUAUAAACUGUAUUAAGCAACAAGUCGAAAUGCUGAUAGAAUCAGCUCAAGUCAGUGACGAAAAAUUAAAAUGCCCUAUGUGCCCUCAAGCAUUGUCUGUAUAUGAAAUCGAAGAUAUCGUAGGUCCUGAAUUAUUUGCAAAAUAUGAGAAAUUUAGGUUAAGAGGAAUCCAGCUGCCUCCAGAAGACGAAAAUUCUUAUAUUUUCCAUUGCAGAGGAGCUGACUGCGAAUAUAUCUGUAUAAUUGAAAAAGGUGUUGAGGAGUUUAAUUGCCCAAAAUGCGGAUUUAAAUGUUGCCCUUUAUGUAAAGAUGAAAUUCAUAAGGGAAGUACUUGUGAAGAAUUUGCAAAGCUGAAAAAAGAAAAAGUUAUGUCUGCAGACUACAAAUUGACCUCUAAUUCACUCCCGCUUACAAUAUCCAGUAUCUCCAUAUAUUUUGCUAGAAAAACUGGCCUUUAAUAGUCUACAUCUUUAUAAUUUUUUUUGUAAAAAAACUGCAUAAAUUAUAUCAGAUCCAUUAUGAAGAUGAAAUUGACCUUAUAGGCGAGCUAUAAUAAUGCAUAACCUAUAUAGGAGAUGAAGAGUUUGAAAAACUUUUAAGAGAUGAAGGGCUGCUUAAAUGUCCUGAGUGUGGAGCUGCAGUACAAAGAAUUUCUGGAUGCCAGUAUAUGGUUUGCAGUUCUAGUCAGUGCCAAGGGAGAACUUAUUUCUGUUAUGAUUGUGGGAUUAAAUUGGAGCAGGAUCAUGGAGCUCAUGAUUGUAAGCCAAGAGAGGGUCCGAAAAAUCAACCAGCAAAUGUUUUUAUGGAUGAUAGAAUGAUACCUGGAGUUGCUUAUUAUCAUCAUCCUGAUGAUAUUGAACCCCAAGAGAUUAUUCCCCGGCCUAUAUUUGAGCCAAGAAAUAUUCUCGAAAGAAAUCAUGGGCCUGCAAGACGAGGACGACGGGCACGUAAUUUUUUCAGAAAUUUGUUUCGAAAAGGAUAG